AUAUUAAUAUUUAUAAUGAUCUUUUUGAAAGUGUUAAGAUGUAAUUUAAAACUGACCAAAAUGUAUAAAACAACUUAUCCAAAACGUAAUUUUUGUAUAAACAAUUAUUCAAGCAAACUUUCGUCGAGAUCUUACGGAAUUUUAGGAGUUGGAAUUUUAAGCAUUGUUACAUUUUAUGGAAUUUCUUUUUAUCAUCCUGUUUUUGCACAUACAAAAAAAAAGAGAGAAGAUGAUGAAUAUCUUAGUGGGUUACACUUAUCAGGACGUGAAAAGCGUUUUAUAAAAUUUGCCUCUGUUGAAUAUGAUGGACAAAUCUACAUGACCCCUCAAGAUUUUUUAGAAUCGUUUGUUGAUGAACAACCUCGUGACCGUUUAAAAAGACACAUUUUAUCUGAAAAUGAAUUAGAAGAAAUUAGAAAUAAAAUUCCUACUCUUAAAAAAGGAUCAUCUCAACUUUUUCGCACUUUACGAGAUAAAGGAAUUAUAUCAUACACAGAAUAUUUAUUUCUUCUAUCAGUUUUGACAAAACCUCAAAGUGGUUUUCGUAUUGCUUUCAAUAUGUUUGAUACAGAUAGUAAUAAGAAAGUAGAUAAAAAUGAAUUUCUAGUGAUAACAAGACUACUAGCUGGUAAACCAGCCAUCAGAAUAGAUCUUAAUAAACAGGCUAAAGAAAUUCUAUCUCAAUUACCUGCAAAAGAACUGGUGAUCGUGUAUAAAAAUCCAGAUGAAGAUAUUAAUGGCAUUAGUCGAAUCACUGAUAGUUUGAUGGAAAAAGUUUUUAGUCAAUCAUGGAAAGAUAAGCAUGGUUUAAAUAAUCAGAAAUUAGAUUCCACACUAAUUGAUGUAGAAGAUUUUGUUGAUGAUGCACAAGGACUUCAAAAAAAGCAUAUGGUUGAUACAAUGUUAUUAACUCAUUUUUUUGGGAAAAAAGGUGACAAUGUUUUACUAUAUGAUGACUUUAAAAGAUUCAUGGAAAAUUUACAAACAGAAGUGCUUGAAAUGGAAUUUCAGCAAUUUGCUAAAGGAGGAAGUACAAUUAGUGAAAUGGAUUUUGCCAAGAUAUUAUUAAGAUAUACUCAUCUGGAUACCAACUUAUGUGAUAUUUAUCUGGAUCGACUGUUAGAAAGAAUUAAAAUAGAAAAAAACAUACCACCUGGUAUAUCAUUUGAUGAAUUUAAAGUUUUCUGUCAAUUUUUAAAUAAUUUAGAGGAUUUUACUAUUGCUAUGCGAAUGUAUACUCUUGCGGAUCAUCCUAUAUCUAAAGAUGAAUUUCAUAGAGCUGUAAAAAUAUGUACCGGAACAAAUCUCAGUGAACAUUUAGUGGACACAGUUUUUUCUAUUUUUGAUGAGGAUGGUGAUGGUCAUCUAAGUUACAGAGAGUUUAUUGCAAUUAUGAGGGAUAGAUUGAACAGAGGAUUUAAAUCUUCCACAAAAAAUGAAGGAUGGGAUGCAUUCAAAGUAUGUUUAAAAAAUGAAAUAAAAAUCAAAAAUCAAAACUGAAGUAUAAGAUUGAAUAUAAAACUAUUUAUUAAUUUUUAUAUUAAUUGAAUGUUUAUUAUCUGUUAAUAAUAAUUAAAUUAUUUAAAUGUACUUUUUAUAUCAUAAUUCGAAAAAUGUAUUUCUUUCACAUCUAUUAUUAAACUUUUUAACAUGCUUUUUCUAAUCCUAUUAAAAUAUAUUAACCUAAUAAUUUAAUUUUUCAAUUUAUUUUAAAUAAUUUUUUAGUGUCAAUGAAAAAGUUUAUAAAUACAAUUUUAAACAAAUUUAAUGCUACUUGUUAGUGUAGUUCACCUACCUAUAAAUAUUUUACUGCAGCAUUUUAGCAUCCUGGGAGAA